AUGAUUUCACUUAACAGUUGUUUGAUAAUUUUACUAUCCGAAUUAAUAAAUGUUAUCAUAUUUAUGAUAACAUUAGCUCGAUCACAACAAAUAAUGUCACCUAUUGAUUGCAAUAAAGUACCUCCUGGCUUUUUCGAAAUUUGUCAUCAAUUUCGUCAAUUCGAUAUAGCGGCAAGAACAGGUCUAUCGCUUCUUACUCCGCGCAAUUAUCCAUUUUCUCCCGCAUUACCCCGUCAACCUUCAUUUAUUCCAUCAGUUUAUGAUUGUCUGAAUUUGCAAUGCUUAUGUCCAUAUUUCGGGGGCAAUAUAUCACCGUAUGGAAAAUGUCAUUUACGAAACGGUCAAUUAUUGCAACAAGCGAUCCGGAAGGAAAUUCGUAUGUUGAGUAAUAGCGAAAGAGAACGAUUAUUCAAUGCAAUACGACAACUUAAAGCAUCAGGAGAGUACGAUCGUUUGGCUCGGAUACAUCAACAGGUAUCAUCAGGAAGCGGUGCACAUUCCGGACCAUCAUUUUUGUUGUGGCAUCGAGAAUUUACAAAAAGGAUGGAAAUUGCUCUACGUCUAAUUGAUCCAUUAAUUGCAUUACCGUAUUGGGAUUCAUCACUUGAUCAACAUUUACCUGAUCCUCGAAAUUCAAUUAUAUGGAGUUCAAUUUUAAUGGGAGAAAGUGAUUCGAAUGGUUAUGUAAUUAAUGGUCCAUUUGCUGGAUUUACUACACUUGAAGGUCAUUCAACUAUAAUCAGGCAUCUUGGAAAAGAAGGUCAUCUAUUUACAGAUCAAAAUAUUAACACAGUUUAUGAUAAAAAUACAAUUGAAGGAAUAUUAGCCUAUACGGCACCAACACAUGCUUGUCCAUAUCCUCCAAAUUUCUCUGCUCUGGAAUAUUAUCAUGCCAGUGUUCAUAUUUGGAUAGGUGGUGAUAUGAAGCCUUCGAUGACCUCUGCUAAUGAUCCCAUUUUUUUUCUUCACCAUUCUUUCGUUGAUUAUAUAUUUGAAAAUUGGCGACAAAUACAUCAAAAUCGAAUGCAACGUGAACAAGAUUUUCCUGAAGAGAUCAUAUCUUGUACAACUUCAGUUCAUUUUGCUGAUGCAAAUAUGCACCCAUUCAAUUUAGCAAAUAGACAAGGUUUAUCGAAUGCCUAUACGGACUAUAUGUAUACUUAUCAGCUACGACCAAAUUGUAGCAAAAGACAACCAAAUUGCCAUUCACAAUAUUUAUUUUGCGAUUUACUAAAUGGUCCUGAACAUUGUGUAUCAAAAAUUAAACUUGGAAAAUCAUGCGAACAAUUUGCUGGUGAAGAUGCAUGUUAUAUGGGAGUUUGUUCGAAUGGUUAUUGCAAACCAAAACUUAUCACUUCGACUCCUUCAACUUCAACAUUUCGACUUACUCGUCGCACUACACCUUUACAUAUCACUCGACCUCCGCCUCAACGUCAUAUAAAUUUAUCUGUAACGCAAUCUGUUAAGAAUACGUCAAGUUCGAAACAUAAAACUCUUCCUCAACUUCAUAAUUCUAUCCAGACAAUAGCAGUAUAG